GGUGAUGGUGAUGGUGAUGGUGAUGAUAAUGGAGGUGGAGGUGGAAGCGGAGGUGGCGGCUCGUCAUGGUGGGGAUGCACGUGUCGUCCCUUUCGUCAUCUUUAUAUAACAAUCCGAAUCAAUUCAAGCCUUCGCCUCGUGUACUUCACGGAUAUAACAUAGUGAUUGCACGUCGUAGUUCAGUCGAUUUGUGACCAUCGGCGCGUGUAAGUCAAUGAAAGAGGAACGACAACGUUGGGUAACAAUUCUUGCGCGCUCCGAUUCUUGCAUUGAGAAUGGUACCGACUGUAGCAGAGUUUCCAACUGCGGAAACUUCCGUUAAUUUGCGCACUCGUCGUCAACGCUCUCCAAAUGAUACGAAAUGGGAGAGAUACGCCUUGUCUCCAGAGGAUUACAGAAGAUUCGUCAUGCAAAGUAGAAAAGAUCUCUCAAGCAGUACCGUGCGCACGAUAAUUCUCGUAAACCGCAACCGUAUCCAUCAAAAGCGUUCGAACGCGUUGUGGGUGGAAAGACGAAGAAUCCUCCGUUCUAGGACGAUUAAUCCGGAAAAUCAGCAGCAAGAGUCGCAAGUGUCGUCACAUUCGGAAGACUCGUCCUCCACGGAGAAAGGCAUUAUCUCGGCAUUAUCAUCCCCACGUAUUAUCGCUCCACGCUUUAUCGUCCCCCAGCCUUAUCGUGACGACGAUAAGUUUGCGAUAAGAGCUACCCUGGCGAAAAUUCAAGGUUGGAUGGGUGAAAUAAAUAUAAAUAACGAAGCGGGAGUCUGUGCUGGAUGAAACAAGAAAAAUUGUUUAUCAAUCUCAGUAAGAUCGACAUCCCCUGAUGAAGUACAAUAUCUUUUACAACUCGACGAUAGAUUUCGACUACUUUUUAGAGAAUAAUAGACAACUAAAGCAACAAUUUAAAAAAUAAUAGCUAAAUUUGUUAUCAUAUUACUGUAAAAAUGUAACGACACUACUGUUACAGAUAGAAAAAAGAACGAUUGUUAAGAUACUGGUAAUGGUAUUACAAAUGACACAUUACUUCUCAACCUUGUAUUAUAUAUUAGAAUACGUAAUUUUACAUGAAAAAAUUUUAUUUUAGUAUACUACGCGGUUUAUACCCAGAAAUAUGAUGCAUUUUACGAAAAAGAAAAAUCAAAGAGAUCGAUAUUUACAAACAGAAAUUAACACCAUACCACAAUGUAAUAUGUUGAAGUCUAAUCGUAUGAAUAUUCGAUGCUUACUGUUAAUCGUAUGAAUACAAUUUACUUUUAAGUUCGAUUACUUAAUAUAUUUCAUGAGAAAUGUAAGCUAGGAUCAUCUGAUUGUAUGCAGCGGUUGGAUUUAUGAGUAUGCUCAAGAUUAGAAGAAGCUAGGCCAACAACUUUCAUACGAUAUCCUUAUAUUAAUUUGAUGUAUGUACGACAUUCAGUCGUUAACGUAUAAAACAUGCAAAAAUUAUCGCAAACUUUUUAAUCAUGAUUUGAAUUUUACAAUCAUUUCGCAUAUCUGUCAGAAAAAAACGGUCAUGUAAGCAUAAUAACAUAUCUAAAGAAAAAAUUUGAUAUUUUUCGCAAAUAUAAUAAAUCCUUAUUUAUUUUACGAUUGCAAUGUAUUUUAAGAUAUCUAACGAAUUGAAAGCAAUAUUAAUACCGCAUUUAAUCUACUUUAGAAGUGUGUGAUAAAAUCAUAGUUACACAUAUAUUACUAAACCUACCGCAAAUAUUUGAUCAAUAUUUAAUUAAACGUUUGAUAAUUAUAUCUCAAUGUAUUAUCUUCAUUAAACAUUAAUACUAAACUAAAUAUAAUUUUUUUUCUUAACCGGUCAUGUGAUCGGUCACGGUAGGAAUAGGUAUACAUAAAAUGUCGGUAGGUUUAGUAACAUACAUUUUAGAGAUAUAAAUAAACAUAUUUUUUUAGCAUUAUAUUCAAUCAAACUGUAUGCGAAUAAAGAGAAUUUGUGCUUAAAGUGUAUGUACGCGCUACUUUCAACACUGCUACUACAAUCAUUGCUACUACAAAUACUGGCAAUACAAAUCUAUAAUAAGCGAUAAUUAAAUAAUAUUUAGAUUCAAUGUAGUGAUUAGACCUAAUGUUCAUCGUAAUAUUUACUGUACGUAUUUACAUAAGAAUAUUUUAGUAUCGACAUGAUACUAAAAUAUUUUAUGAAUCCAAUCUUAUUAUACAUAUACGAUGGACGUGCGUGUGCAUGCGUAAGAAUAAAUCUAUUAUAAAAA